AUGGCGGAUGAUUGCCGCUACGUGUGUCUGGACUGUCCAACAUCAUUCCAUUCACUACAGCUUCUCCUCGACCACGGCACCGCCACACACAACAAGGACGCGGCCGCCAAACAGGACACCCUGGAGAUGAAGCUCGACCUGAAAGAGGAGCUCGACGCCGAGAUAGAGGACGACGAUGACGAGAUGGACACCAGUAUACCAAAUACACCGUCACCCACCGGAACUGAGAACAGCGGCUCAAUGUUGGAGGACGGGGGAACGCCGACGCUGAUCAACAAGAAUCAGUGCCGAUUCUGCGGCCAUAUCUUUGACGAUCAAUCAGAGUUGAGCGCCCACUACACGUCAGCACACGCCGACCGGAAGCACUAUUCAUGCCCACAGUGCCCGGCCGUAUUCGCCGUGAAGCGGGAGCUAGCUACGCAUAGCCGGACACAUCAGGGAGCUACGCCGUUCACGUGCGAGGAAUGCGGCAAAGAAUUUGGCACCCGACAACUCUUGAAAAAGCACUGCAUGUGGCAUUCGGGCAAACGCAACCACGUCUGUCCCCAAUGUAACAGCGCGUUUUUCCAGAAAGGUCACCUCACCCAACAUCUGAUGAUCCACCGCGGCAGUCGCCCCCACGUCUGCUCCCUUUGCCAGAAGACGUUCAUCUUCAAGUUUGACCUGAAUCGCCACAUGAAGAUCCACGCCGAGAAGGGGCUGCCGUGUCCAAAUUGUCCACAGGCAUUCGCCAGGCACAAGCAGUUGCACGACCACAUGAUCAAGUGCAAGUCGAUGUUGCAUGAAGCUUCCCCAGCCGCUCCGUCGACACCUCUACCAAACAAUGAACGUCGCGCCUCCAUGCCGAUCCUAUCGACGAUCCAGCAGUCCCUGCCCGCUCCGAGACCCGUGCUCCCCUUCCACCCCUCCUCCAUCAACCUUUCCUCAUUUUCGCCGGAAGAAAUUACAAGGGCUGACCCGCUCCGACAACCCCUGUCCGUCGUCGCCCCCUCACCUCAACGUGACGAAGAAGAGCCCGCCACCCCGUCGAUCAGCGACUCGGCCACGAGUUCGAGCUGUCCGUCCAGCCCGCAGAAGACGUCGCCCAUCCUCCAGUCACGCUCCCGGUCGACGACACCUGCCAUGCAUCUGGUCGUUGAUGGAGGAGUGGAGAACAAAUGCUGCUCCGACUGUGAGCGUGAGCGUGCCCGAGCCCGAGCCCUCGAGUGCGAGAUGGGCGUCGAGCGGGAGCGUCUCCGGCAGGCGCGUCGUGCUCUAGAAGUUGUGGGCGAGGUUGUACAUGAGGUGGUCGGCCAAUCGGUCCUGUGCUCCCCGUUCGAUCCGUCGUUCGCGUUGAGGACCCGCCACGCGUUCCAGCAAAUCCACCAGGCCCUGCACAAUGCCACGCAGUGC